CUCCUGGUCUUAAACGUCAUCACCUUUGACCUCUCAACACUCCUGGUAGCAGCAGGCGUCUACCCGAGGUCUUUGUCCAUCUCACACAAGCAGUUAGUUGAAGGCGGAGUAUAAUGUGAUGGAAGCGGAAGCUAGUGACCUCACGGAGACACAAACACCUGUCCUUCCUAUAGUGUUUGGGGGGGGUCGAGAUACCUGACUCCCAAAUGUUUUCAUAAAUUUCGCCGAAGGCGAGACUGCUACACCCUAAGGAGGUGCUCAACAAAUACUGUAAUGUAAUUAGAAUUUUUUUUUAAAUUCAUAAUUUCGAAGGACUUUCAUGUCAGAACGAUUUUUGAUGAGGAUAGGCUUCCGGACGGCAUUUAUUUUCUCUCGUUUAGAAAUAAAUAAAACAACGAGAAUGAUCAGCUACAUUUCUGUUAACAUCAGUCACUUAUUGUAUUGAAGUGUAAUUGUUACAAGUCCAGAGAAACACACGAUAAUUAAAAGAAUAGUUUGAGCUUUUUGGGCACAAAGACUUAAUCGCUGGUGACACCCUCUGGCUGACAACUCUGAAUGUACCCCAUAACACCACCCACACAAACACACUAAACCAUUCAAUACUGUAAAUAUUCAUUCUCAUUCGCAUUUGUACAUACUCAUGUCAGCGUUGCCAGUUCAUGUGUCGUAACGUGUGAAAGCGUCCAAAGACACACUUGGUUACUUUGAGAGCUCGAUACGUCUGAAAGGGGCCUUUUAGUAGAGGAGACCAAGGGCAGGGGCACGCCCACUAACUAAAGGCUGGGACAAGUUAACCGAUCCUGCCGGGAAGGACUUGAAAUGGAUAGGGCAGCUGCGUGGGAUCUUGCUCGGGAAGACCGUCGGGGGUUUUAGGUGGCGGGUGAGUGAAGCGAUGCGUCCCCGGGUGUAUGCUCACGCUUAUAAUAAUAUAAUGUAUCUCGUUCGAUUUCGUUCGCGUACUUGUCUUAUUUAUUUAUAUAUGCCGUUGGGCAAAAUAAAACUAUCGUUAUUAUUAUUAUUAUUAUUAUUAUUAUUAUUAUUAUUAUUAUUAUUAAUAUUAUUAUUAUUAGUUAUCAUAAUUUCACUCACGACUCGUGUCUCGAGUGGUAGGUACCUACUGGUAGGCUGAAGAUACUAAAUUAGGUUAUGAGUUGGUAACUGCUGCCGUUAGUCGAAAGGGCGUACUCCCCCUGUAGAAGGUUGAGGUAGAUCUUAUUUUUGUUGUUCGGAUCUGUUUCGUGAGGUCAGGCUCCGCAGGGCUGCGGGGUGUUCGCCACGUGUACUCAUUAUGGUAAAAACUAUUAAGAUUUUCAACAUGAAGACAACGUUUUUCUGGUGUUUUUUUGUUUUGAGUGAUUUUGACAUUCAUAGUCGUUGACGAACACGUAAUUUUCCUUAUUCCACAUUCAAAGGAGAAUUGGGAAAAAAAGCGUUUUCAGUGGAUAUGGAGGUCAAAUUCGCUCAAAAUACAUCAAAAACCGUCAGGGAAAUCUUGUCUACAUGGUGAAACGCCGCCCUCUUCUUUUGAAGUGUUCCUCUGUGUAUCGCUUCUUAGGUCCUCCUUAGUUCUUCUUCACACUUCUAUACUUCACUAGGCACCCUUAGUUACUUCACUGCGUACACUUAUAUGCUUCACCCGGCGCUGAGCUCUGCCUGCACGCUUUGCUUCCACUGACUUUGCUUUUCUGUUUUCUUUUCUUUUGUUUCUUCACUUUAGCUUACUCUGGACUUUUCUUGUUGCAUUUCUCUUUUCUGUCCUUUUGUUUGUUUCCACUAUUACACUUUUCUUUUUACUUCUCUCUACCUUUUCUGCGCCGUUGUAAUGGCCGAGUCGAGGCCGCCCAUUGACCUGCUGGAGCCGUGAUGGUAAACAAAGCUUGCUGUUGGCUGUAAUUCAAGAUGUGAAGGCUGCAACACCAGAGUGGAGGAAAGUGGUGUAAGUGCUGAUAUGCCAGAAUGACAUCACCAAUGGAAAGCAGGACGUUUCAGUGUGACCAGUGCCACUCCACCUUCAGCCAAAAGUGUAACUUGAAGCGACACUUGAAACUCCACUCAGGCAGUAAACCAUACAGCUGCAAGGACUGCGACCUGUCCUUCUAUGAGCUAGACUCCCUCAAGAAGCACUCCAGGACCCACACUGGGGAAAGGCCUUACCAAUGUGAGGAGUGUGACAUGUCCUUCGCCUAUAGUGGCCAUCUCAAGGCACACAAGCGUGUUCACUCUGGGGAGAAGCCAUAUGUCUGCGAAGAAUGUGGUCUGUCCUUCUCGCAGUCAGGAAACCUUAAGGUACAUAAACGAGUUCACACGGGGGAGAAACCGUAUGUGUGCAAGGUGUGUGGUGCUGCCUUCUCCAUCAGCAGUGUGUUCAAGAAGCACAGAAGAGUACAUACUGGUGAGAGACCCUUCCACUGCACACACUGUGAUGCAAAGUUUGCCAGCAACUCAAACUUAUUAAGACACAAUAAGAAACACACUGGGGAAAGGCCCUUCAAGUGUUUGCUGUGCAGCGCUGCAUUUCCAGUAAAGAAUUCCCUCGAGCGACAUGUUAAGUCUCACACGGGGGAACGGCCAUACUGCUGCGAGAUUUGUGGCUCUGUAUUUGCUGACAUGUCUGACUUAACCAAACACCGCAAGACACACACUGGAGACAGACCUUUAAAGUGUGAUGACUGUGGGAUGGGGUUUUUCUCAAAUUCUCAGAUGAAGGUACACAUUCGAACUCACACGGGGGAGAAGCCUCACCGCUGUGCCCUCUGUGGCGUGGCCUUCGCCCAGAUUGGCACACUUAACAAACACAAGCGAACACACUCUGGGGAAAAACCCUUCUUGUGUGAGGAGUGUGGGACAAUGUUCACAGCCAAGAGUAGUCUGAAGAAGCACCUCAAGAGGCACUCCACUAAAGGCUUACCUCACCUUGCCAGACCACCCACAGCUCUUGCACCACAGCCACAAGCUGAAAUACGGUAGCUCCCUGCAAAUCCAGUUGUCACCCACUCCUCAAAGACCAUUGCAAGUACUGCCACCACACAACCCCUACUGGCCUCCUCUCCCUCUACACACACACAUACACACAAGCAGUGGAUACAUACCAGACAAUCUAGAUUCAGUGGUGAUGACCUCUACAGUAUACAUGUUUUACCACCCUUGAAUGUUGAUAUUUCAACUAUUCUCCCUUGCCCUUCUGCAGCUACAGAGCCAGACACCUUCUCUGCCUUUGUUCCUCUUGUUAUUGUCAAAUAAUGCUCCUUAACUCAAGGUGCUGCAGGAGACAAGCUUUCAGUUCCCACCCCAGUACUGUCAGAACUCAGUUGUCCUCCCUAAGCCAGCCACUGUGCCGGAGUGUGUGCCACUGUCGCUACAGCCACAUCAGAGCCACAAAAUCCUCCCUCCCUCGUCUCAGGUAUGUAGGGUGAGUGUGUCUUGGGCAGGAUUCCACCCCUUGUUAACUAUAGCUUAAGCACCUGUCCCCUUGAUCUUUGAUCUUCAUUACCUCCAGGCAGAUGACUGGCACUGUGUGAAAAUUAAUAUCUGGCAAAGAAUUUAAAAAAAAUUGUCAAUGACAGUGAUGGACUGUUGAAACAACAAAGGGUUGGUAUUUUUAUUAUUUUUUAUUAAUGCUUCUGUGGUGCAGUGGUUAGUGGGCCUAGUUAUGAAUCCACAGGCCUGGGUUCGAAUCCUGGCCAAGGCAGUCUCGGCUUAUAGCUCACCCAGCUGUUCAUCCUCCCUUUUGGGCUAGUUGAUAAAUGGGUACCUGGAGAAACCUGGGGAAUGUAAACUGUGGUAACCUGGAUGUUACAGUAGCCCUGUGUUUAGUUAAUGGGUUCUUUCCUGCCACAGGGUUAAAGGCCAACAGGAUGGACAUGAGCACCACUGCUAUGAGCAGCUAUGGCGUAUGCCCCCAACUUUGCCAUAACAUUACCGGUACUAGGUUGUCAUCAGCCGCAAGGCAGCAGUGUUUGGUUUAAGAUAAUGGCUGGUCUGGUUACCAUUGCUAGUUGUAACAAUCAUGGCAGCUUUGGUCAAAAAGAUGUACACAUGAAUUAAGUUCCUUAACUUUCCUCCAAUGUAUUGUUACUUUUGGGGUGUUGGUCUUCUUGGAGCUAAGAAAGAUUUUUACAUAACUACAAAGCAUGAUUAAUUUAUUUGGAGAAACACAAGGAUUAAUGACUCAGUGUAGUUCAUUACUCAUGCAAUAUGAAAACUAAUAUACUUAAUAUGUUAUACUGAAGUUAGAAGUGGUGUUGCAGCCAAUCAACCAGCACCAUAAAAAUAUUCUUGGUUUCUACAUUCAGUGUCUUUUAGUAAAUAUAUGUACUUAAUUUAUAUUUUUGCAAUAAAUUUUCCAUAUUCUCUAA